CUCUCCGGCUGAGCCGUGUUUUGGUUUCAGUCUCUGGGGGCUCUCUUGAUCGUUCACUAAAGCAGCGGACCGUGAAGGUGCCGAGGAUACUCCAUUCGACCGCAUUGUUUCAUGCUGGUGCUGCUGCUGCUGUUGUUGGAUGUAGCUGCUGGAUGUUUUUUUUAUUUUUAAAUAAAAAUUAAAAUAUUUGCACAAAAUAGUGCCUAAGUGUGUGAGUGAAAAGGAAAGAGCGUGAUAAAAAACCCCCCUUUUCGGCCAUCCCAGCCCCACCUAGCCCCCAGCAUCCGAGCGUUAUUUUUAUUGCUUUGUUCGCCUUGCGUCGCGUGUAACUAAAAAACUAAAAAAAAUAAGAAAAAAGAAAAAAAUCUAAAGAAAAACUAAACUGUGCCGUCGUCGCAUCAAUUGCACUAAUUUCUUCAAUCAGCGGACAAGGCAAGCGUAAAGAAAAGCGAGAUUUCAGGCGGCGAGUGAAACUAGCGAAAAUUGUUUAACUGGCAGCAAACAGCAGCAGUACACCCACUAAAGCUCAAAAACGGCGCCGACAACGACAAUGCCUUAUCAGCCAGCCAAUAACGGCGGAGGGAGUACUGGAGGCAGUAAGACAGCCGCCAAAAUGGCCCAACUAAAGUUCUGGAACAAGCAGAACAACAACAAGCAGCAGCAGGACAAGGACAAGGACUCGGCCGAUGGUGGGGCGAACAAUAGCAACACCAGCGGCAACAGCAACGGCGAUGCCAAGAGCGACACCAAGAACGGCAAGCGCAAUUGGCUCCACACGCCGGAGCAGCUCAUCAACGGCCACGCGGUCUAUCUAGUCAAGUUCUUUGGUAACCUGAGUGUGGACCAGCCCAAGGGCAUUGAGGUGGUCAAGGAGGCCAUUCGAAAGCUGCAGUUUGCCCAGCAAAUGAAGAAGGCGGAGACGGGCACCCAGGAGAAGUUCAAGAAGCUCGAGAUCACCAUCAGCAUCAAGGGCGUGGCCAUUCAGGAGCCUCGCACCCACAAGAUUCUCCACCAGUUUCCGCUGUACAACAUCUCGUAUUGUGCGGACGAGAAGGGUGUAAAGAAGUUCUUCAGUUUCAUAGCCAAGACGGUCAAGACGAAGGACGGUAGUGAUUCCAUAUCAAAUGGUCAUUCGAAUGGAAAUGGAGAUGGUAGUCCCACAACGGAGGAGAGCCACGAGUGCUUCGUUUUUAUUUCCAACAAACUAGCCUCCGACAUAACGCUGACCAUCGGUCAGGCCUUUGACUUGGCCUACAGGAAAUACAUGGAGAGCACUGAGAAGACAAAUCUGAACAAGGCGCAGCAGCAGAUCAGUCUACUACAGCAGACUGUGAAUGCCUACAAGGAGCGAUUGCGCGAAGUAUCCACCAAAUUGCCAAAGUCCGAGCUGGAUGCCCUGCUCAUCAAUCUGGGCAUCAAGGACAUACUGGAAGCGCCCAGAACUGAGCUACCAAAUGGUGUUGAGCCGGCCAGUGAGGCCUUGAGCAAUGGAAAGUUGGAUGAUGACAAGCUGCUUAUUGAUACCAACUCCACUACGGCAUCCACCCACUCCUCGUCGCCCAGUUCCUUCUUGCCAAUAGUCCCGCCGAGGAACAAUCUCUCCAGCCAGAUCAGCAUUGGCAGCAAGAGCAACAGCCAGAAGAUGGACGAACUGCUGCUGAACUCCGAUUCGGAUAGUGAUUUUGAUCCACGGGCCGAUGAGAUUCAGGAUAAUGUUAGCAAUGGCCGGAAUGCGAUCAGUAAUGAUCUGUUUGGCUUCGAGCCGGCCAAGAGUUUUGGCCAGCAGCUAUUCUUCAACAACAACGACAACAAGUUGCAGAACAACAACAACACGAACAACAGCAGCUUACUGAUCAACAGCAACAACAGCAGCAUCAAUAGCAGUGGCUUCUCCAACGAGAUGAACAUAACGCCGCCAUUGUUGGCCCCGCCGCCAAAGAUUGCUGCUCCCAGACGCCUAACCCCGGGCACCACCGGCAAUGGCUUGAAUGGAAACACGGAUCUUUUCGGAUCAGAUCCUUUUGAUAUGAACAAUGGACCCACUAUUUUUAAGCAAAAUCAGCUAAACCUUGAUGACUUCUCCCUGGAGAGUCUGGAUCCUCUGCGCAAGUAGAGGCUAGGAGAGGUGCUACUAACGCCAUUUUCAUAUUUCAACUCGAAUGAAUCUUUCUAAAAUCCCGGAUAAUACCGGUCUCUCUCCGAUUAUCCAUUAAACGUUGUCCUUUAAACGUUUCUCCGCUUCGCAUGUAUUCCAAUCUAAUUGCAAUUUGAUUUAUUUAAUGUGUAUUAUUGUUUAUAUAUUGUAUUGUAUUUAUUAUUGAAUUUCGUCGAUUUUAUAUUGCAUAUUAUAAUGAAAUGAAUCGAUUACUGUAUAGAGCCGAAAAAUGGAGGAGAAUCAAAGCAUAAUGAACAAUAUUUAAUGUUAUCGAUGCAAUAUAGAAGAAUAUUAUUAUUGUGUAUGUAAUAAAUAAAAUGUAGUACCUAAAAGAUAA